AACAGAAGGUCAGACAUGGCAGCCUGUGCGAAAGGGCUCGACAAAUGUAUGUUUACAGCGAGGUUACUGCGGAACCUCCGGCUCCAAAAUGAACGGUUUUUAUCCACAUCUGGGUGUCGAAGCGGCGAGGAGCCACCAAAGUUCAUCCCUCCGUCUAAACCUGUCAUCAUAGAUAAAACACAGACUGUAGCAUCCCUGCGGAAGUUUUUGAGUCCAGAGUUCAUCCCUCCCAGACAGAGGACAAACCCUUUAAAAUUUACCGUAGAGAGGAAAGACAUGAUCCGCAGGAGGAAAGUUUUAGACAUCCCUGAAUUCUAUGUUGGGAGCAUCCUGGCUGUGACCAUGGCCGACCCUCAUGCCAGCGGAAAAGUAAACCGCUUUGUUGGCAUCUGUAUCCAGAGGGGUGGAAGUGGGCUGGGAGCCACAUUUAUCUUGAGGAACAUUAUUGAUGGCCAAGGCGUGGAGAUCUGCUACGAGCUGUACAGCCCUCGGAUCCAGCAGAUUGAAGUUCUGAAGCUGGAGAAGAGGCUAGAUGACAACCUGAUGUAUCUGAGAGACGCUCUGAGUGAGUACAGCACCGUGGACCUGGACAUGAAGCCUGAGCCCUCCUCCCCCACCGGAGAGGUGCCUGUCAACAAGCUCAAGGUAAGGAUGCGCCCAAAGCCGUGGUCCAAACGCUGGGAACGCCCAAAGUUCAACAUCCAGGGCAUCCGCUUUGACCUGGCCCUGACCCCAAGGAAGAUGGAGCACGCCCAGAAGUGGGCACAGCCGUGGCACGAGUACGACAUGCUGAAGGAGUACGACACAUCAAAAAUGGAGGAGCAGCUCCUCGAUGAGGUCGAGAAGGAGAUGAGUAAGUGAGGAAGACCCUCCAAAAAUGCAAAUGUUCAUCAGUUUCACCAUCAACAGACUUUUUGUGGAAUAUGAAAAGACUGGAAUAUGACGGUUGCACAGAUGCAGAACACUGCUGGAUCGGGUUCAUCCAGAUGUUCACACAGAGGAGCCAGUGCUGGAGCUGCUGUUGUAGUCUGAGGAGUCAUGUCUUCUUUUUGUCUCGUCAGUCUGCCAGACAGUCCAAGUUUUCAAUGUCACAGACUAGUUACAAGAUCCAUGAAGUGGUUUCUAUAAUAAAAGCUCUUAAACCCUC